GGGAGGAAGAUCUCGUCGUGUGCGUCCUCGCGGAUUUCCUUUGUAAUGGCGACGCAAGUGAAGUUCAUAUCAGACCCAGUUGUGAGGCGAGUGUUGACCUGGGACCGCCUUCUCCCUGCCGUCAGGAGGUCGCUCGAGGCGUUCUCCAGGGGCCCGAGGCAUCCCCAGGGCGCCGUCCAGCCACUCAGGACGUCGGUGUCUGUAGAAGAGCAUCAAGGGACGAUGCUGGUCAUGCCCGGGCUGAUGCCAGGCGAGGGAGGCAGCGCCGGCGCCCUGGCCACCAAGAUCGUGUCCCUCUUCCCCGGAAACGCUGCCAAGGGCCUCUCCACUCACCACGCCCUCGUCGUCCUGAUGGAGCCCGGCACCGGCGCGCCCCUGGCGAUCUUGGAGGGCGAGGCCAUCACGGAACUGCGGACGGCGGCGGCGUCGGCGGCGGCCACGCUGGAACUCGUCAGGGAGAAGCCAGGAGAGGUAACCCCAUUUGUAUGUUGCCAGGUUCGAAUCUGGGCACGGAAGCCUGAAGCCGCUGAAGCUCUGGUACUGCAGUUACAGGCCGAGGGUAUCUGUGCUGAACCAUCGACCACAGUGCAAGAGGCUUGCAAGUACACGUUUGAAAUGAAUAAUAGUAUGGUAUGCUAA